GGGAGAGCUGCCAGCUGUUCUUUCUCCCCACAGGAAGGUGAAGGUGGGUUUUUUUGUGGCCCCAGGGGGGCACUGCAGCUCUGCCCUGGCAGGAAGAGGGGUGGCUGGCGCAGCCUUAACUCUGCUGCUGCUUUUGGGGUGCAGGAAGAGUGCCAGACUCCUCCUCCUCCUCCUCCUCCUCUACUUGGGCAUGAAGUGGCGCAUCUCCUGCUUGGCUCCCUCCUCCUCCUGAGCCCAAGGAAAACACCUUGUGCAAACAAAGUCAGCUGAGCGGCUGGCGGGGAGGAGCCCAGAGGGAGGGAGGGCAGGCGAUGCUCUGUGGCCCCUCCAGCUGUAGCCCCACCAUGGCCGAGCGAGGCAGGAGUGGAACUGCCCUUCCAGACGAAAAGGUCUUGGCCUUGGCGUGGGUCUACCUGGUUGCCCUGGCUCUCAGCCUCCUGGGCAGCGGUUCCAUUGUGGCUGCCUCCCUCCUCCGAAGGCGAUGCUGUCAGGAGCAGCUCUGCCCGCUCUUCCUCCUCUCCCUGGCGGAUCUCCUGGGUGCCUCGGCCCUCCUCUCCGCAGCUGCCAUCCAGCUCCUUCCGCAGCGUCUCUUCGUCUCGGCCUACCAAGCCUGUCCCUACCUGCUGAUGCUGGGUCUGAUGUUCUACGCCAUUUCUCUGCUGGUGGUCGUCGUCUAUGCCUACGAAGUGAAGCGAACUCUGGGGGGCUGGAGGGAGGCCCCUUCCUCUGCCCUGCUGGAGGAGGAGAGCGGCAGGUUCAACGAGAGACUCCAAACAAAUCUGCCCCGUCUCUUGGCCUGUGUCUUCUCCCUGCCCCCAACGCAAUCAAGGCUGCUCCCUUUCCUGGUCUUUGUGGUCCUGCUGGUGAUGCGAGGCUCGUCCCUGAGAGAUGUGGCACCCUGGACCAUCCCCCCGGUGGCGUUACAGGCUGGCAACCGCUCACAAGGGUCCUACGGCCUCUACUGCUCCAGCUGCCUGGUCCUCAUCCAUCACUCGCAAGACACCUGCUACAAGUACACAGGCAGGAAGGACUCUGGCAAAGAAGGCAAGAUCUUCUUCCUCGUCUUCAUCUCUCUGGUUGUUUUCUGCUGCACAGUCCUCUACUGCAGGGUGAAGUGCUGGUGCCGCCGCAGGCAGAGAGGUGGCCCCCCUCUGAACCUGCCAGCUCCGGAGAGUGACGGCUGUGCCGGCAGAACCCGCACCACCCGCAGCGCCUGCUUCUUCCAGCUGGUCUUCCUGGUCUGCUGGAUGCCAGCCUUCUCCCUGUGCCUGCUCUCCUUCACCAGCCUCCAGCCGACCUCCCUCUUCCCUCUCUACGUGGCUAUGGCCCUGACCAUCUCCCUGCAAGGCUUCUUGCACAGCCUGGUCUACGGAUGGCUCCGGCAGAACUUCCGCCGGGAGGUGACCGGGGAGCAGAUGCCCCUCCUGGGCCACCUGGACCAGAAAGCCUUUUACGAGGACUCCCUGGCCAUUUGCAGGGAGGGCUGACGAAAGAGGGGAAGGCGGGGUCUCCCAAGAACAGAGUGCUGCAAAACUGCAUUACAAGUCCCUCCACCUCUGGUUUUUUUGUAAGGGUAUUUUGCUCAGGACUUCUGUCAGUGACCGGAUUAGCCCAGCAGCCAGCAGGAUCACGUGUAUGACGUGUAUGAGCCGUGCGCUCUACAUGCUACAGGGGCUUGCAAGUGUCGUGGGAAAAUCAGGAGAUUGUUGUCGCGGGACCCCCCCCCCCUUGCUCUGGGGUCUCACGAUCCCCUGGGGGCCACGUGACGGUCAGAGCAAAGCCAGAAAAUGCAACCAGGUAUAUGAAAAGCAAGGCGACUAGGAGGCCCAAUCUUUAUUUUUGUCACAGCGAGCGUCCUACUUCUGGAACAGCAAAAGAAGAAGCAGCCUCCAACAAAGUUUGCCUUUUGCCCAGAGAUCCACUCCCAAAAAGCACUGUCCAAAUGUUGCAACGCAUCACAGGUCCUUGCCUUGUCUCCAAGAGAUCUGUGGGUGGCAAGUCUCCCCUCUCCUCUGCUCAUCUGUCAUCCUUUGGGCAAACAUGAGCACAUCCCUUUGGCGUCACAAAUAACCUUCACCCCAAUCCAGUCACUUAGUCUCCUGCUCAAGGGUUUCUUCCUGGGCUGAUAAGGAUCCUUCCCUCCAUUGUCAGCCCAUUGUAUUAUUGCCCAUUGAGAGUUUGUGUUCUGUCCCAGGACUCUGGGAUUACGGCUGCAGCCAUGAAGCGCUCAGACACUGUUACUCAGAACCGCUUUGAAUCACUCUGUGUAUGAUUCUGUGACCUUUGGCUUGAGUUCUAUUCAUUAAUAAACUAUU